GCUCCAUUUGGGUUGCAGAGCUGGUAGAGAUCUUCUACACCUUCACUGAAGACUAUCAGGACAUCAGGUAGGAAUAAGGAAGCCAUGGAUUCCCAAAUUGCAAAGAAAAAUCAAAGCCUCACAACAGCUGAGGAGAUGAGAAACCACACCAAGCUUGUGAUGCAGCCGUAUGCCAACUGGGAGGAGUAUCUGACUCCUGCUCCACUCUCUAUAGCCAUCCUGGGAGAGCUGGUCUUCAUCUCCUCUAAUACAGAUUUCUCCAUUAACAAGAACCCACCUAAAGAUGGCUACAAGCACAUCAGAUACCCAGAUUCAUUUCGUGCCUGCCUCAUGCAGGUGUGUAACUCUGGCUGGGGGGCUUUCAAUGAGGCCCAUAAGAACAUGGAUCAGAUUAGACUCCAUACCAUGGCAAUUCCAGAUUACAUGAAGACAGCUGUGAAGAUCCUGUUCCAAAACAAUGAUGAGGUUGUACAAGCCCACCUCCCUGAUCAGCUGGAGAACAUUCGUGUCAUUGCAGAUGACUGUCUUGAGUUGGCCAAUUCAACAGAAAAGCGGUUCACUGAUGUCAUCAAUAUUAUCCAAGAACUGCUGGAAGCAUGUGUAAAUGCUGAGUACUUUUAUGGGGAGGAGCUGGUUGCUGUCAAGAAGAAACUGGAUGAGGCCAAAUUGAGGAAACAGUCAUCAGAAGAAGCUGCUAAAUGCUCAGAGAAGGUACUGAAAGCCAUGGAAGAGCAACUUCAGGAAGCACAUGAAAGUUACAUGGAAGCAAUGGAUUCACUACCAAGUGGAUGGGAAAUGAUGGGUAUGGAUCUUGUUGCAGGCUUGACUGAGAGCAUCACAUCUAUUGUUAAUGGAGUAACAGCCAUAAUUUCCCAGCCAGUGACCCAACUCUGUAAGGCUUCCACAAAAAUUUCUGAUACACUACAUUACAUUAACAGUCAACAAUCUGCUGUUGAUGUUGUUGAUGUAAUUAAUAUUUAUAGCAAGUCUGCAGAAAUCUUGAUGUGCUCAGUGAAUGUACAAAAGUUGGUGCAUGGCAACACGAUUAACUGGAACGACUUAUAUGAUCAAAAGAAUAAAGCUAGAGUAACAGAUUUCCAGAAAAAUCAAUUCAAACGAAUCAAGGAGAGUUUACAAAAAAGCCCAAACUGCCAAGCAAAAAUUCAUUCCCAAACAAUAUGUGAUGAGGGCAUUGCAAUCUGUGAAGAACUAGCAAAGUACGCACCAGAGGGGAACUGUGAAGAUGCCAAAACAAAGCAGUUGAUUGAAAGGAUCAGAAAACUAACGGAAUCAGCUCGCAGUUUCGACAGCAAAAGUAAAGACAUCACAAAGUCUCCUGCCCUGGCUCCCAAACCACCAAUGAUGUAUAAAGAAGAAAGUAAAUCUGAAAAGGUGAGAGCUUCACAAAGAGCAUCAGAGAACAUCAGGUUCCGCAUAGAGCAGAGCCGUGCUCAACUGGACAAGACCACAGAGGCCUAUGAGAAGAGUGUAGAGAACAUGGAGAAGAACCAAAAGGAGCUGACUGAUAUCCUGAUCACCAUGAGGAACUGCGAGUUAAAAAAGAUAGACUUUAACACCACCAUAAAAAUGCUCAUCAAAGGUAUGGAUGCCAUGGGGAGAGUGAAGGAGCAGUGGGAGAAGAUGGUGCACUUCUUUCAGAUGGUGUCCAACAUUGUGAAAACCAGCCUGACCAGAACCCUUAAAGAUUUUGUCACCACAUCUGAGAAGACCCAAGCACUUUCCUACAACUCAAAGCUCUUCUCCAAGGAUCUGCUUUAUAAUCAAGCCUUUCAAGCCACUAACAUCGCCAGCCUUGUCCACAUGAUCUCAGCAACCUACACUGAGGUGUCCACCAAGCACCUAAUGGAUCGUGUCAGCUCUCUGGGGAAACUGAUGGCCAUGGACAAGGAAAAGCCAGAGUUUCAUUCUGAGCGUCAGCAGUUACAGAACUCCUGUGAUGAGGCUCAGAAAGCCAUCUUACGCCUUGUGCUUAAGAACAAGGAUGAGUUUGAAAGGAAGAGUGCUGCAAGACUGGAGAAGAUUGACAAAGAGCUGCUUGCCAUUCUCCCUGCUGCUGCUCCAGAAGAGAUAAAGAGCAUUCAAGCAGCAGUUAAAAGUGGAUUCACAGCGGAAGAGGAAGCAGAUUACUUCUGAGUGAAUUAACAAUAAAAUACCUAUAAAAUAAAUUAAAAUACUUCAUAAUCUACAAUUAUAUCCAAUGAAAUACCUUAAGCAUAAAACACAUGCAUUAUAAAUAUCACAGGAUUAUUAUUCAAGCUCCUCAUAAAAUGUGUUUUAUAGGGAAUUAUUUAACUUAAACUUACAUUGCUAAUUUCUUACAAUAUGCAUUAAGUCUCUACAUAAUUUUUUUUUUGCAAUUAACUGGAAAAUAUUCUUCUAAAGAAUCGGAUUGCGUCGUAUCAUUCACUUUUAUUACAUUCAAUUAACUCACGUUUAAUCUUCCAUUCUAAUUGCACUCAUAUUACAAAUAUUAUGAACACGUGUAAUGUCCUUGUGUAUAAUUAAUGCUCUGCCUUAGUGACAAAGCGGCAAAUUUAUUUUGUACUUCAAAUUGUUAUGUGAAGUAACUGUUGCAUUAUUUGCUAAUACACCUUAUAACAUAUUACAUUUUUCAUUAUCUUAGCAGUACACAAAACAAAAGAUUUCUUAAUAACAUGUAGAAAAAAGUUAUUAUUUUGUGCUCAGUCAUUUCUUAUUUGAUAACGAGUUUACCAUUAAUUUCUCUUUGUGUUAUUAUUUGCCUGGGAAAUCACAGGUGUGUGCUGAUCUUUUUUGCUUUUUGCAUCUGCCUAACAUCUGUUGUAUUAUAGAUAUGACACCAAGGGUCAUGUACUUCACCUCCAUCUUUAUGCUGUGUCUACAAUUAAAUAAUAAAAACAACUAUAAAAGCAAAGUAGAUGAUGUUUUGUUUUUUUUUCUAUGGAGUUUUGAUGUGAAAUUGGGCCUCCAUCAUCAUAACAACCCAAAAUGUACCACAAAUCACACUGGAACAUUCUGUCAAGUAUUUUUUUUUUUUUAAAUAUAAAUUUGGCACGCCACAGCUGUGAAAUAAAACAGAUGUUGAUUUAUAAAUACACACCUACUGUAUGCUAACAUUAGCUAACUGCUGUUAAUGACAUGUGACCUAUAUGUUGAUUUGAGGUGAAAGCUAUCCUAAUUCAUUGUUUAACAUAAUACAAGUAAUACUUUGUUCCAACAUUCAUGUUUCAGGUUUGUUGUUCCACACAACCACCUUACUAUUGAGAGGGGGUAUGUUAAGCCUUACUGUCUCCAUGCUAUAAUGGUUAUAGUUCUGGUUCUGCUUAGGUGUUAACUUCCUCUGUUUCAUGUGGUGGUGUUAAUAGGCCUGGGUGAUCUAGCCACCACCCCACGGUGUCUGUAACUUGCUUCUUAUUUUUUAGUGUUUGUGUAAUUUUGGGAUAACCGGUGUCUUCUUUCUCUCCAGGAGCCAGUGAGUCUUGGUGGGACAGGGGAGGCUAGCUGCAUUUAUUCGGUGGUGUAUGCUUCACAGCAUGCUCAGUGUGCCAACACAACAACUUCCUUAUGGUGUAGGUAGUGUUUGAUUUUGGUGUGACUUGCAGUGGGUUUGGAUCACAUCCUGAGCUGUAGCUGGCCUGCCUUGUUCCCUCCAAGCCUGGACCUGGAGAAGUGCUUAGUUUUAAAAUCCUUAUUGUGUGUCUUGGGAGAGUGAUUUUAUAUUUACAU